AUGGAGAGGCAACGGCAGAUUGCUGAAAACAGACAGAGAGCUCUGGAGAAGUUAAAACAAAGAGGUCUUGCUCAAGAUAUUGUUGAUACUCCUGCAGGUGCUACCAGAGUUAAAGUGCCAGAAAAGAAAGUUGUAAAACCGCACUCAUUGACCAAGGCUCAACAAGAUAAGAUAGAAGCCAAUAGGCUAAAGGCUUUGGAACUAAGAAAAAAGCAUGAACAGAAAGCAGCUGCAAGGCCAUCCGAACCUCCAAAGCCAGCUACAGUAAGAGAUGCUACGAAAGCAGUUCCCAGGAACAGGAUACCCAGCAUAAAGAAAUCAGAUUAUAUUGAAUAUGAUCUAGCCGAGAUGAAAGAUACAUAUGGAGGAUUUUUAGAUACAGACCAGGAACCAGAGAACGCAACAGAGAAGAGCCUACAGGACUGGUUAAUUGAGAAUGAGAAUAAGAUUGUCCACGAACCGGCACCUCCCGUAGAUCGUGAAGCUGCACCCAAAUGCUUCGAAUGCGGUUCCAUCGAACUGGAUCAGCAACUUUGGACCAUAUUCAAGUGCCGAGUAUGUAGACGUUGCAAAGACCAAAAACCAGAGAAGUACUCGUUGUUAACAAAGACAGAAUGUAAGGAAGAUUACCUUCUCACAGAUCCUGAGUUAGCUGAUCACGAUCUUUUGCAUAGACUGGAAAAGACCAACCCCUACUCUGGAACUUAUAGUAAGAUGCAACUUUACUUGAGAUAUCAAGUCGAAGAAUUUGCUUUCAAAAAGUGGAAUGGACCGGAAGAAUUAGACAAUGAAUGGGCAAAGCGAGAAGAGCAAAGAAUCAAAAGGAGGGAUAAGAAAUUUGAAACCAAGCUGAAACAAAUGAGGAAACGAACCAGAGCUGAGGAAUACACAAGGAAGCUUAGAGAGCAGAAAUAUGGGAAGAGUCAUGUGCAUCAAUGGUCAAUGCCUAUUGAUGGGGGAAAGUCGGGUUUAGUUAGACGUCGUUGUACGGACUGUGGGUUGGAAACAGAAGAGUAUAUAAUAUAA